UGGUUACGUUGCAACAUUUGUCAAACGGGGUCGAGCUGUGGUGCAUUGUAGCUUGGUUUGUUGCUGUGUUUGCACAGGUUUCGCCAAGGACCGUGGCUGUGCAUCUUUCUACAGGUCAGAGAUACCGAGUGCUAAGGGAAGGCCACUAAAUCUGAUCUCUCACGUUCAACUUGACCAUUGAAAAAGAACUUCAUUACCCAGAGUCCUGUCUGAAAGUAGGAGGUACCAGACAUCAGGAUGCAUUGGAAGAGUGUGGAACUAUCCUGCUGUUGGUUGCUGCUCUGUCUCCUCCUUGCUGCUGAAACUGUACCAAUCGAUAAAAUAAAGGUGAACAAAGUAGAAGAACCUGAGGUGCAGGCGACGGUUGAAAGUCCAGACACUGGGUUGUAUUAUGAUCGCUACCUCCGUGAAGUAAUUGAUGUUUUGGAAACAGACAGACAUUUUCGGGACAAACUUCAAACAGCAAAUAUAGAUGAAAUAAAGAGUGGAAAAUUGGCUAAAGAACUAAACUUAGUGAGUCAUCUUGUGAGAACCAAAUUAGACGAAUUGAAAAGACAGGAAGUCUCCCGGCUACGAAUGCUUAUUAAAGCCAAAAUAGAUGCACAACAAGGUAAAGAUGCAGGAAUAGACCAUCAUGCUUUGUUGAAACAAUUUGAGCAUCUCAAUCACCAAAACCCCCAUAGCUUUGAGCCAGAAGACUUGGAAUUAUUGAUUAAAACUGCAACCAGUGACCUGGAAAACUAUGAUAAAGAACGGCAUGAAGAAUUUAAGCAAUAUGAGAUGCUGAAGGAACAUGAGAGGAGGGAAUACUUGAAAACAUUAGAUGAAGAAAAGAGGAAAGAGGAGGAGGCUCGGUUUGAUGAGAUGAAAAGGAAACACCAGGAUCACCCAAAAAUUAAUCAUCCAGGAAGCAAAGAUCAGUUGAAAGAAGUCUGGGAGGAAACGGAUGGCCUUGAUCCUGAAGAUUUUGAUACCAAGACUUUCUUCAAACUGCAUGAUACUAACGGUGAUGGAUUCUUGGAUGAGCAGGAGAUGGAAGCAUUAUUUACCAAAGAGCUGGAGAAGAUUUAUGAUCCUAACAAUGAGGAAGAUGAUAUGGUAGAGAUGGAGGAAGAACGAUUGAGAAUGAGGGAGCAUGUUAUGAAAGAGAUUGAUACAAACAAAGACCGAUUGAUAUCAGUUGAUGAAUUUUUAACUGCUUCAGAAAAGAAGGAGUUUGUGGAUGCAGAUAAUUGGGAGACUCUAGAUGAACAAGAGCUUUAUUCAGAAGAUGAGCUGCAAGAGUUUGAGAGACGGCUGUCUCAGCAGGAGCAUGAACUGCAAAUGAAAUCUGAUGAUCUUUUGAAACAGCGUGAAGCACUGCAGCUUCAACAAGACCAGCUGCAAGCUCAGAAAUUUGAGUUCCAGCAGGCUGUACAGCAUCUGGAGCAGCAAAAACAGACACAGCAGGCUCAUCCUCCAGCAGGACCAAACGGAGAACUCCAGUUCCACCAAGAAAAAGAACAUGUAGCUCCUCCAGGAAAUGUGCAAGCUCUGCCUCCAGGCCAUGAUCAGCCACAAGAUUUAAACCAACCAGCACCUGGUCAAGAUCAACCUCAACAAUAAUCACUGUGCCUCCAGGAUUUGGACUAGCACAUAAGUUCCUGAUUGGCUUUUUGGGUCCACAUGAUCAUUACUCCAAUCUAAUUUUUUUUAUUGUUGUUUAUUCCCGUUAAUGUUGCACAUUACGCAGAGACCACUGACUGCAAGCAUUUUCUUCAAGGGGUUACUGAAACACUUGUGCAGAUAUUUCGUUAUACAACAAAGGUGAUUAACUUAUGAUAGUGAGCAGAAUUCACUUGAAAGCCCAAAACUGAGAUCUGAGAUUUACUUUUGAAUUGUAAUAGAAUAGAACAGUUGCAAUUGAGCAUCAGGAAAAAUAUAUUUGUCCUGUUGUUGGUAUAGUUCCUUUGUGGGAUUUUGGAGAGAAUGCUUGGUGUACUAAUUAAAAUUGAGGUGGUUCCUGGGAUUUGGUUAAAGAUGAACUAAGACAUUUGGGUUAGUAUUUUAGGCUUGUAAUUAAAAUAGCUAUUCAUUUUAUAUGUGAGAUAUUGUGUUAAAGAUUGCAGAGUAUGAUCACUGCUGGUCUGUCUUCUUGGCUUUAGCUAUCUCCAGCUACAAUUAAUCUUUUUCAAUCUUGGUCCUCAAUGUCAUAUCUUGGUCAACAUUGUUUUGGAAUGAUUAUGUCAGCUGGAAAAGUAAAGGGGUGGGCUUUUAUUCAAGUGCA